GAUAUAUGUGACAAGGGGUCAGACUGAAAUCCUCUUAACAACUCAAUCUCGCUGCUGUCAGUGUUAGCGAGCUCGAGUUGGCCAGACGAAUACAGUACCAGACCGCUUUCCGCACAGGGCUUCGGAUAUGCUCGUUCACCUCACGCUCUUGUAUGGCGCCCUUGCCUUUGCCCGGGGGUGGGGCGAGGAGUUCACAUUUGGGACGUUCCCUCGACAUUUUGUUUGGGGUGUUGCAUCAUCGACGCCGGGAAGGAUUUAUACUAAUUGGGAUAAUGACACGUCCGACCAGAUGUCAUACGCCGAAGUCGACAACAACAUUAGAGCUGCCAAGUUCCUUGGGGUUUCACACUAUCACUUCGCCCUGAAUUGGUCGAGAUUGUUUACGGCUAGGGAAGGGCAAAACAGCCCAAACGAUAAUCCUGGAUUGAAAUAUUAUAACCAUGUGAUCAACGCCACACUAGCGGCAGGCAUGACACCAGUGGUGACUUUACUCGCAGGAGAACUUCCUAUUCCUAUACAGGAAGACGGUGGCUGGCUCAACUCCUCUACAGUACGUCACUUCAGGGACUACGCUAUGUGCUGCUUCAAAGAGUUCGGAGACAGGGUUAAGUUUUGGGUAACCAUGCAAGACCCUUCUUCCAUGAUAAAAUGUUGGCACAGUGUUAAGGGAAUUGAAGAAAAUGACCCAGCUAUACAAGCCGAGGUUCAGGUUAAUGUGAUGACGUCACAUAACGAGGUGUACAAGCUAUACGAUACCGACUUCAGGGCGACCAGGGGAGGACAAAUAGGCAUCAUAUUAUCAACUAACUGGUACAAAACACGUGAGCCAGACAUGAUUGAUGACGUUAUGGCAGAUUCUGCAUCAUUUCCGAACCACAUGGGAGACGUCCUUACACAGCUCAUGCACAACCGCACAACUGACUUUGUAGGCGUGGCCUACCCGACGACCUUUCUUUCACAACCCUUACGCGAACAUGAACAAUCCCUUCACGCAUGGUCGAGAACAGCCUUAACAGAAAUGGCUCCAGGAAAUUUACGUAAACUGUUGAAUUGGCUGAAGGGAUCAGUCCAGGGACUUCCUAUCUACGUGGUGGUUAGCAUUGCCCGUACAGACGGUGGUGCUACCGGGGACUUACAGAGAGUAGCGUGCUACCGGGAUCACAUCAACGAAAUAUUAAAAGCAAUCAACAUUGACGACUGUUUAGACGUGAAAGGUUUCUUUUUCACCUCUCCUAUGGACACCCAUGAUGGAAGUGAAAACAGGAUAGGUGGCACAGGGUCGAGAGGAAGUCUGCCCAAAGCAUCCGAGUUAUAUAUCCAACAAGUUGUCAAGGACAACGGCUUCACAGAAGGCUUCAACAUAAUGGGUGGCAUGGCAACCGGUCGUGUCGCCAAUGAAAACUCAACGCUGUUUGAUCAAUUCCCUGAGGGGUUUCGAUGGGGAGCAUCAACUUCUGCUUAUCAAAUUGAAGGAGCAUGGAACGAAGACGGCCGUGGCGCAACUUUCCUGGACGUGAUCGCACACAUCCAUAAAGGCGCCAUCAUAGAUAACUCUACGGGAAAUGUAGCGUGCGACAGCUACCACAAGUAUAUGGAGGAUAUAAGGAUUCUGCAAGAUACCAAGGUUGAUACGUACCAUUUCUCCAUCUCAUGGGGACGCAUCUUCCCAUAUGGCACCAACCACACAGUCAACCAAUUAGGAGUAGCCUAUUACAAGAAGGUCAUCGAUGGUCUCCUUGCCGCUGGAAUCGAACCUAUAGCCACUAUCUACAAGUAUGACAUGCCAGUAGAUCUGUUAAAGAUCGGUGGCUGGACCAAUCAGUCUACUAUUGAACAUUUCAAAGCAUACGCAAGAGUCUGUUUUCAGGAAUUUGGGGAUAAGGUAUGAAUUCAUUUACUAUGUAGAAAAUAUUGAGGGGAUAGUAAACAUCUGUUUCAAUAUAAUGUUUCCCUGUUUCUAUCAUAAUUUUUGAAACUGAUUUUUAAGUAAUAAAAAAUGGUAUUUUUAUCUUGGCAGUUUCUUACCUUUCAAAUAUAGGGUAGUUUUCAACAAUACCAGCGGUUAUAAUUGAUAUAGACUUUGAAUUAUACCCCACCAUUGUAACUAAUUUCAGUCGAUAUAACUUAUAUUUUAAAGUACUCAUUCAAUCAAAUUAUAAUUUUUACAAUUUACCAUCAUAUGAUCCCUGUAUUGCAGGUUGUCUCCUAAUUAUACGUAUACAUGCAUUAUUUCAAGUGGUCUCAAAACACAGGUGAUCUGUAAACAAAAUUUCAAUGACCAAGUCUGACUGUAACAAGAAAUAAUUUUAUUUUCAAAAGAACUAUGCCCUUAAAUUAUAAAGAAAUAUCGAAAAACAACCAUUGAUGACCACAUUACUAAUCACUCUGAUAA